UGGACAGCUCCGCUGAGCUGUCAUUUGCGCCAAAGAGUCGGCAAAUCUACACAAAACAAAGCCGCUGGCUUCGGAACGGUUCAACUUUUGGGAGUGAUUUUCUUUCAUAAAAAUGCUUUUCUAUUCCUUUUUCAAAUCCCUCGUGGGCAAGGACGUUGUGGUGGAGUUGAAAAACGAUUUGAGCAUCUGCGGCACGCUACAUUCGGUCGAUCAGUACCUGAACAUAAAGCUCACAGACAUCAGCGUGACCGAUCCGGAAAAGUAUCCCCAUAUGCUGUCGGUAAAGAAUUGCUUCAUCCGCGGGUCGGUCGUACGGUACGUGCAGCUGCCCGGUGACGAAGUGGACACGCAACUGCUGCAGGAUGCGGCACGAAAAGAAGCUGUAACAAGCGUACGAUAAGUAAAGACAGUGUGAGAAAUUGUGUAAACAUAAUGGUAAAUUACUGGUGUCGAACGAGUGUCGUGGUCAUGGAUCACGUUCGUGAUGACAAAGUUUCGCGCAAGAGUUCUCUCUGGGAAAUGAAGCUAAACACAAAACAGUUUAGCCUAUGAACAAUAAAAAACCCUUAUUCUAUGCCAGUAGUGUCGCAUGAUAUACUCUAAUGGUAUGAUAAGCAAUGCUAACGGCACAAAACAUCGUAAGGAGUUAAAAGUAAAAAGAGCUGAUAAUUUCAUAAACAUUUUCACUGAUUUUACUAAAAAAUAUACGUUGUGAAGACUCAAAAAAAUCUGAUGAUUCUUUACCCGUAUCAACCCAUA